AAUAGAGAAGAGCAGAGCUCGGUCUCCCGUCCCUCUCCCCACCACCCCUGUCCUUUUCCAGAGAAGAAGGUCCUCCUGUCCUGCUGACCGUCCUGUACUGACCCUCUCAUUGUCCUCUUGUGCUCGUCUCCUUCCCUUCUAAAAAUGUGAAGAGAGUUCACCUCACCCCCGAAAUGUACAGCUGUAGCGGUGAGGUCGAGGUGGAUGCGAGGCUUGUGAUGACUACUGAUCCCAAGCCAUGGACCGCCGAGCUCCAUGAUCGGUUUGUCGAUGCCGUAACGCAGCUUGGUGGCCCCGAUAAAGCGACACCAAAAACGAUACUUAGGCUUAUGAAUAUAAGAGGUCUUACUCUCUACCAUUUGAAGAGUCAUCUUCAGAAAUACAGACUAGGAAAGCAAUCAUGCAAAGAGCUCAUUGACAACUCUAGUGAUGCUUCUGGUGCUGCUGAAACCCAAAGCGCCAAGCCAUCAGCUCCUCCAUCAUCAAUUCUAAUUGCUGAGGAGUUGAACGAUGGAUGCAAUGAAGCUAUGAGAGUCCAAAUGGAACUUCAGAGAAGGCUUCAUGAACAACUAGAGGUGCAAAGGCAUAUUCAGGUUCGAAUUGAAGCUCAAGAUAAGUACCUGCAAUCCAUACUAGAGAGAGCAUGUAACAUUCUCAUUGAUCCUGAUCUUGUGGCGACUGAACAUGAAUCUAUCACUCAUGAUAUCUUUGAACUGUCAACCAGAGAAAUUUAUGGCUGCGCAAAUUUCCAGUGUGAAUCUCUCAAAAUGCCAUCUUUAGCAGAAAUGACAGUUGCUUGCCUGCCACAGAUUACUGAAUGUUCGGUUGAUAGUUGUCUUACUUCAACGGAGAGCCCUGCAAAGGUCUCUGCAUUGAAGAAAAGACCACACCCUUUGCUUGGUACAAAUUGAUUGCUUUUUUCUAUGGAAAUCUUCAAAAUGUUGAAGAUAGAUGUUCAACAUUGGCAACAUCUAUACAGAAAUCCCUUGAACUUUUCUUCAAUAGUCUUGCUGAGUGGUUUAGCUUAAUCUCUUCUGCUUUGCUAACUGUUGUUUAUUCCUGUCAUGUACUUUGAGAUCAAUAUGAUGUGUUCUGAAGUUUUUUUACCA